UGACCGCACAAAAUGGUCAUAAGACAAACUUCUGGCGCGUCUCCAUCGUUUGGUGAUGCAAAGGUCGGGGUGUUGUUCAGAGGUUGAAAAGCCGAAGCUUGCGGAAAAACAAAUUUCCCGGAGCCGGGCCCUCGGUACCUCGGUCCUUGGACCGUUGCUGCAGUGCCUUGGACCCCACCUCAUCAGCAAGAUGGAGUAGAAGAAGUCGGACUCAACGGCUUCCUUCAUUCUCGUUCCCUCUCAUUCCAAGCUCAAAUGUCGACUAUGGAUGUCAACAAUCUCUUCGGCGUCAAGGGCAAGGUCGUCCUCGUUACCGGCGGCGCCAAGGGUAUCGGCCGCAUGAUUUCAGAAGGAUUUGUCGCCAACGGCGCAAAUGUUUAUAUAUCCUCGCGCGACGGAAAGGCCUGCGCCCAAGCAUGCAAGGAGCUCAAUGCCAUGGGCAAGGGCCAGGCCGAGUACGUCGUCGCGGACUUCUACAAAGAGGAGGAUAUUCUGAAGCUCGCCGAGGAGCUGAGAAAGAGGGAAGGAAAACUCCACAUCCUCGUCAACAACAGCGGCUCCAACUGGGGCGAAUCGUACGACACUUACCCCUCGGCAGCCUGGGACCGUGUCCUGAACCUGAACCUCAAGCGCGUCUUCCAGCUCACCCAAGCAGUGACUCCUCUCCUCGAAGCCGCUGCGACGAAGGAAGACCCGGCCCGCGUCAUUAACAUUGGGAGCGUUGACGGACUCCGCGUCCCUGCUCUCGAGACCUUCGCAUACUCCGCCUCAAAGGCCGGGCUACACCACCUGAGCCGGGUUUUGGCUAGCCAUCUGGGUAAAAGGGGAAUAACGAGUAACACGCUUGCGUGUGGACCUUUCCAGAGCAAAAUGAUGAAGGCCACACUGGAGAAGUUUGGAGACGCUAUUGCCAGCAAUGUGCCCCUCGGUAGAAUCGGCAGCCCUGAGGAUGUUGCCGGGUGCUGUAUCUGGUUGGGUAGCAGAGCGGGUGCUUGGGUUAAUGGUGCCACUAUUGCGCUGGAUGGUGGCACUGUUGUUGCUUCCAAGUUGUAAGGAAACUUCUAUAGUGUAUAAUAUGUCACGAUGAGCAGGUAGAACUACCAUAUAGACCGGUUUAUCGGGUAUCUUUCAGUAAUGAUUUUAAGAAUCAUGUUUCUCUCGCCCGGCUGCGCUCUCGUGAGGAUAUUUCC